AUCGACCAAAAGGCAGCAAUUCGUGUUGGAGACAUGAAGCUGAUAUUAAAUCAAACCGAUAGAGAGAGGUAUAUCCCACCAGAGUUGGUUGGAAGUAUUCCAGCCGAACAAGGAAAAAAGGUAAUUGUGCACCCUUCAUGCCUAUACCUCGUUGUUUUCAACAUGGUCGCUUUUCUUUGUCUUCUCGUAAAUUGAGCAGAGUGAGAUAAGAACCAAGCCUUGAUCCGUUUGCACAGCUCUUCCAUCAACAUUGUUGGGGCCAUGCACGUGCAUUACUCUUGGUCUCCUUGGAGACAGUAACGCAAUGAAGUCGCGUGAUAGACCCACACCCGUGAUGGGCCAACUAUGUUGGGAGUUGUUGCAUCCAUUUCCACAACACUGACAACACGAACGCAUGCGCAACAACUCCCAACAAAGUUGACCCAACUAUGUUAGGAGUUGAUCCGUCCGUUUCCACCUAGCUUUAAUAUUAUCUCUGUGAAAUGAAAGAGAUAUACUGGGGACAAAAUGUCGUUGCGUCGCAAUUGAUUUUGUCGUGGAUUUUGUGACAAGUUUGAGUUAAGGCAGAUAAAGCAGAUUUUCUAAACCAUUUUUGAAACCUCUUUUAAGUAUUCAAAUCAGUCACUUUUGUUAAAAUUUCUAUCUCCAGGGACACUGUUGCAAAAAAGUUAUUGAUGUGGGCCUUUACAACAUUACCGCCGAUCCAUAUGAGAAAGUUGACCUUAGCAAGCAGUUCCCGGAUAUUGUGGAGGCAUUGAUGACCAGGGUGGAGUUCUACAGACAGAGUGCUGUACCCCCC